GCGUCCCCUGUGAGGAACGGGGCACUUUCCGCUCCGCUUGUGUUUAAUCCCUGCCGUUUGGGUGAUGAUGGGAGUAUAUAAACGUCGUCUUAUUUCAGUAAUAUUUCCAUAAUAACGUAAAUGUCUUUUUAAAAACAUUAGCACAAAUAUAUAUAUUUUAGAUUUUUUCCACUGUCAUUUAUAUACGCGUAUCCUACAGUAGUACAUGUACGCAGCCGUGAAAUAUCCUUGUAGUAACAUUUUUACACUGGCGCUAGCCAACAUCGAGCCGCUCGGUUAUAUCCUUCGCGUUAAACCGGAUAAAUGUUUCACAGAAAAUAAUUCGAGUGACUUUUUUGAAGAGAAAAAACAUCAUUUACAAGCCACAUACACAACUUUUCCAGUGUAACGCUGCCUGGAUUUAAAAGGAGCGGAAAAAAAAAAAAAAUGGCUUCAGAUGUAAGUUUCUUCAGCGGUCCCGAGGAGGCGGAGGACGUCGGGCACGCGCACGCCCUGCUUCGGCAGCUGAAGACGUUCUACGACUCGCGGCUGCUCGCGGACGUGGCCAUCGAGGUGGACCACGUGACCGCCGAGUUGGACGUGGACCUGGCGCAGCAGCAGAGGCGCUUCCUAUGCAACCGCAGCGUCCUGGCAGCCGCGAGCCCCUACUUCCGCGGCAUGUUCGCGGGGGGGCUGCACGAGAGCGCGCAGGAGGCGGUGACGAUACGCGACGUGGACGCGCACUCCAUGUCGCUCAUCAUCGACUACUGCUACACGGGCAAGGUGUGCAUCACGGAGGCCAACGUGCAGAGGCUGUACGCGGCGGCCAACAUGCUGCAGCUGGAUUACAUCAGAGGCGCGUGCGCCGGCUUCAUGAGCCGCAGGCUGGACUUGUCCAACUGCGCAGGAAUCCUCAAGUUCGCGGAAGCCUUUGAUAACCGCGAGCUGAAAAGUAAGGCCCAGGCCUUCAUUGCCAGGAACUUCCUGCAGCUGUGCAGCAGAAACAGGGAGCUCUCUGAACUCGAGCUGGACCACAUGAAGGAGAUCUUGUCCAUGGACUCGUUAGACGUGGAUUCCGAGAGGACGCCGUGUUUGGCCGCGCUGCAGUGGGUCGAGGACAACGCAACGGCUCGAGCGGAGGAUGCCGGGGAGAUCCUAAAGUGUGUCAGGUGGCACCUUUUCACCGAGAAAGACCGGUUUUACCUGGAGGAGAUGAAAGCCAGGUCACGCGCCAGGAAGCACCUGGAGGAGUUCUUGGAUGGGGUUUUGAGCCGGCUCUCGAAUGGGGUGGAGUCGGGUGCCACGGGGCCAACGCACAGGAUUGGAAAAAAUGCAAAAGAGAUGAUUGUUUUCUUCGGACGACCCAAUGAGCCUUUUGUCUGCUAUGACCCCAGCAACGAGGAAGUCUGCUCCAUGGCGUCCCCUGUAAUGAACUUGAGCAUCCUGGGCACGAAAAGGUCCGUUACGGAAACGUUCUCCGUCUGCGUCUCCCCUGACAACGACAUGUAUCUCUUGUCAAAUAUUUCGAAGCAUUUCUGGUUGUACGAUCCUGUGUUGAACCGCUGGCAGGAACUGGCAGAGAGGCUUCUGGGGAGGGUGCACUCGGACAUGUGCUACCUCGGCGGCCAUCUAUACGUGCUGGGUGGGCGCGACCCCGUCACGGAUGCCAGGCUCAAGGAUGUGGAGUGUUACAGCGUUCAGAGAAACCAGUGGACGCUGGUUGCCCCCCUUCCACACUCCCUGGGCAAGAUGCAGACGUUGAGUGUGAAUGACCGCCUGUAUGUGGUCAACAAGAGACGGAUACUCUGCUAUGACCCAAAGAGGAAUCAGUGGAUCCACAGCGCCUCCCUUUCGUCCAACAAGCUCCACAGGGCUUGUGUCUUUCAGGACCAGAUCUUCUGCCUCUUCGACAUCCCGGUGACGAAGGCGUACAGCCCCGACCGUGGGGAGUGGAGGCGGAUCGAGGACAUUCCCAUCGACAGCAACGCGCUGCAGUACCACCUGGUGCAGCACAGCAAGAGGCUGCUGCUCCUUACCGUGGCUGUGGCUCACCACAGCAAACACAGACUCGUCGUCCACGAGUACGACCCCCUUCGCGACUGCUGGGUGAUCUGGCCUAGCAGGUUGGUGUCCUCGUUCGGGUCCACCUGCGUAUCUGCCCGCAUGUACCCUGCAUGCCUUGGCUCCGGUAUGAACGCGAGCGCGGAGGAGGAGGACGACAGCGGCUCGAGCGCCGACUGGGACUUCGACGGACUCACCGAUGUGGACUCGGACUCGGGGAGUUCCAGUUCGUUUUCGGACGAAAAUUGGUAGAUGUGGUCCUUGUGGCUAAAGGACCCUUUGAGAGUCAGACUGCUGCCUGUUUUUAUUGCUUGGAUAACUUUGUUGCAGUAUUUUAUUGCCAAGAUUGGUGAACACAUUUUAAGGGGCUACAUUUCUGUUAUCUACAUUAUUUAAUAUAUUGUUUUGUGUUUGUUUUUUUGCUUUAAGUACACUGACAAAUGCUAUAACAAAAACAUGAGAUUUAAAGAUUAA